AUGCUCCAACCCUCAGAUCCCUUUUUUCUCAGCAUCAAGAAGCAGAUCCUAUGUGGAUUUGAAUACAACUACAAAACAGUGAACCGGUAUCGUUGGCUGAGGGAGUUCGACAGUAGGGCUCUGUCGGACGAAGUGGAAGCUGUUAACGACCCCCUACGACGCAAACCUCUCUCAGGCCUCAGGCGCGAUCAAUUGUUGGGCGUCUGCAGGAUGACAGCAACUUUGGAGGGGCUUCGUUUCAACUUUCAAAAGGGGUUGAUAAUAAACGAUAAGACACUCCCCAAGUGUGUCCAUCUGCUUCUGAAGUCAGGAACCAUUGUGCUGCGAUUCUCAAACCUCUCAAGUGUCUGCUGCCCCGUCCUAGCCUUCGUUCUGAGUUGUAAAGAGUCCCUCGUGAAGGAGAUGGACCUGAGCUUCAACAGUAUCGCAGACCAGGGCAUGAAGAUCCUGGCCCCGGGGCUGAGUCACCAGGACUGCAGGCUGAUGAUCCUCCGUCUGUCGGCCUGCGAGCUGACCUCCUCUGCCUGCGAAUACCUGGGAAAAGCCUUAAAACUGUUUAUAACUCUGAAGGAGCUGGAUCUCAGCUAUAACAGUAUCGGAGAUGAGGGGAUGAAGCAUCUUGCCUCUGGUUUGGAGUCUCUCAUGUGCCAACUAGAAACCCUUAAACUUUCUCAAUGCAACAUUAAAAGGAAGGGUGUCUACCAUCUGGGCUCGGCGCUCCAGAUAAACCCCGGUGUCCUCAAGUGGCUGGACCUGAGCAUGAACAAGAUCGGAAACAAGGGGGCCCAAGAGCUUUUCACAAAGUUUGACAUAUCAAGUCUAAAUACACUGUACCUCUACUGCUGUGGCCUCUCUGCUGAUUCCUGUGCAGUGUUGGGGGCAGCGCUGCAAGAUGAUGAGAGCAAUCUGGUUUCAUUGAAUUUAAGUUCCAACAACUUAAAAGACGAAGGAGUGCAGUUCAUCUGCGGAGGCCUGUUUGCCGGGUCCAGACUGCAAAAGCUCAAUCUUUCCAGGUGUGGACUCACCAAACUGAGCUGUUUUUACCUCUCCAAAGUCCUGUCCUCCAUCACAACCAUGUUCAGUGAGGACAAACAAAUGUUCUGGCAGACAUCCGAGCUGAAGGAGAUCAAUCUGAGCAGAAACAAACUCUCGGACGACGGAGGGGUGCUCCUUUCAUCUGGACUCGGGAAUCCAACAAGCGCCUUGGAAAGGCUGGACUUAACUGAAUGUUUCCUGUCAAGCGGUUUCUGCCUUGAACUGGCCAAUCAGCUCGCUUCCUCUGAAUGCCAUGUGCAGGAGUUGGACCUCACCAAUAACUGCAUCCAAGACCGAGGGCUAAAGCAGCUCUGUGCGGCACUCAAGAACCCACAGUGCGCCCUCAAAAAGCUUGUUCUGAGAAACUGUGGCCUCACCUCCAAAUGCGUCCCAUUCCUCUUCACGGCCCUCAAGCCCAACGUUAACCUGAAGGAGCUGUAUUUACUGGGCAAUAGACUGGACGACACAGCCAAAAAAGUGAUGGUGGGGAUGACCAAGAACAACUCCUACAAGUUGGAAACUAUAGAUGUCGAGAUCGACUAA